GAUCUCCUCCCGAUCUGAUCCCGACCUACCGACGUGCCGACGCAAGGGAAUAGGCGAACAUAAGCGACAGCAAUGACCAGUAAGCCGUCCCCGUGAUCCCCUCACACCCACGCCCUCGUACCCUCGCUACCCUACGUCCUUGUCAUGUCGGUGUAUAAAACCUUUGCCAUUGCGGGCACCGGCGGUGUCUUAGGUGCAGCUCUCCGCACCGCCUUUUCGCCCUCGUCGCCUCGUAUCCUUACUCGGGGCAACCCUCCACCCGAGGUCGGCAAUGAGACGUUUCACAUCGUAGACUACGAUCAGGUACCAACGCUUGUGGAGGCCCUGGACGGCAUAGACGUUCUGGUAUCGUGCCUUUCCGCUAGCGCUCGUGAAGCCGAAAAGAAUCUCGCUAGGGCUGCAAGAAUUGCCAAGGUAAAGCUCUUUGUACCAUCGGGCUUCGGCGCAGAUCUCGUGGAGCUGCAGAAGAGGGCUGGAGGGGAUAGUCCGCACCCGGGCUGGAGUGGCAAGAUUGCCUUGUACGACUUCAUCAAGAAUGACGCAGAGGUCAAGGGAUUGCCUUAUCUCCAGAUCGUCAGCGUUCUCUUUGCCUCGCUCGUCUUCAAGUUUCCGGUCGGCUUCAACCUGGAGGACAAGAUGACUACAAUUGUCGGCACCGGCGACGAGAAGAUAGCCCUGACAACGCAAGCCGAUACGGCAGCGUUCCUGUACAAGGCCCUGACGACUCUCCCGCCAUCUGAGCUUGAAUACAAGACGCUCCGACUUUCCUGCUCUCGAAGGUCAUGGAACGAGCUCGUUUCUCUCUAUGAAGCAAAGACAGGGAACAAGCUGGAAAAGAAGUUUGUCAGUGUCGAAGACGCUCUUCAGCGCUGCAGGGAAAACACCUCUGGAGACAAGUUCGUGCUUGGCUUAGUGUGGGGGUUGCUUUGGAUCUUUGGGACAGGGCAAGGAGAUGUCGUAGACGACAAUGCAAAGGUAGGGUUUGAAGCGGACGAGCAUGCUAUAGACAAGGUUGUAGACGCCUUGUAGCACAUACAAUCUCAUGGGUGUGAUGAGCACAAGCGAUCAAAUUAGAACAGAGGCGACAAUUACAACUACAGCUUUGCUUGUGUGGCCGUGCUGCCGUCCAAGAAGGCGUUG